GAUAGACAAGUUUCUGACGUCAUUACUAUGUUUUAAAGGAGGCAUUGAAUAAAGGAUGUCGUGCAAAAUACGAAAUUAACAGUGCUCACACUGUCAGAUUAAUUGUUAAUAUUAUUUUCAAUUAAAAUUAAUAAAUGACACGUGAUAUUUUAAACUUCAAAAUUAGUGGGGGGGCAUAAUAACCUUUAAAGGUUAACAACACUGAUUUAAAAAAAAUUAGCUUCUCAUUAGUUGAUAUUAAUGCAUUAUUAAACUACCGGCCUAAAAAUGUAUGCCUAAAAAUUUCUCAUUGGUUGGCAUUAUUAGAUUGAAAGAAAUCCUCUGGUUUCAUAAAAUUUACUGCAUAGGCAACACUGCCAACGAUAAUUUGACGGAUUAAUUGUCAAUGUCAUUAAUCAAAUGUUAACAAAAGUUACUAGAGAAAAAUUAGACGAGGUGUUUGAUGUUAGGUUUGAGUGACAAUACUCUAAAGUGGAAAAUUCUAAGAUGUGAUUGCAUUUUACUCAUAUAAAAUUUAAGUUGAAGUUUUAUGGUAUAACUCUAAUAAGAAACAAUUUAUCUGUUAUUGAGUAAUUAGAUGUACUCAUUAAUUUUACUAAAAAUAUUAACUCACUGACGUAGAUCACGUAGAUGUGUUCACUCAGGAUGGUUUUUUUACAGUGUAGUCUUGUAGAUCAUACUCCAAGAGUUUAACGAGUCUUUCUAAAUUUACUCCAAUGUUGUCGGACUUAUAAAGCCGCAUUUAAUUUUGUCAAUGUCAAACGUCACUUGUCAAAUAUAUUCAUCAGUACGCCCCUGUGAGGAGAUGUUAAUGCAACUAGUUAAGGUGGUUGCCUAUACGUAUCAAUAUCCCUAAAGCGAACCUAGAUUAAAAUUUUCUAACGUCACUACUGCGUUUUAUGGAAGGUAUUGAACAAAGUAUAUGAAAAAAAAAAACAAUUUAAGAAAUCGGAAAAUUAAACAAUAAAUAAUGUAGCGUAAAACAGGAAUUCCAAGUGAAUCACAUAAAUGAAAUCAAUUGUGUUACUCGUCCGAAGGAUUUUAUGUGAAUCCCGCAUGUAUUUAUGGAGAAAGUGUCGCAGAUAUGGCAUGAAUGAUACGAAAACCACCCAAAACCCAAAUGUUAUUUCGGCUGACAAACAUGCACCUACGGUACUCUUGACCGCACACAAUCCACAUCGUGACUAUCGAAGGUAAGCAAGCACCCCAGUACAUUAUAUUAGUAAGUAGAUGGGUUUAUAUAGCUUUAUUUCAGAAAAAAAAAACAUAAUUUUCGAAAGAAUGUGCCUUCAGAAGAAUAUACAUUCAUUUAUUAAUUUUUUUAAAAAGAGAAAAGAGAACAACCCUAUGGCCUUUUUAAAAUUUGUCUUUUGGAGCUCACUAAAUACAUUUGUUUAUAAAAAAAAAGAACAACUUAAUGGCCCUAUUAAUCAUCAAAAAUGGCGCCCAAACAUGAGUGUGUCUAUAGUAAGCAUCAUGGAGGAUAUAUUAGAGGGAGCUUUAAGCUCAAAAACGGAAGUCUUAUAUCUGAUCACUUGGAUAGAGUGCGCCCUGUGGCCGGACCCCUACUGAAUAACCACCAAUUUAAUUUGAAAAAAAAAUCACACAUAAUGCACCGCUUAAGGACCACCUUUAAACGAUCCAGGACUCCCACUGGGGCGGAAAUGAAAAUGCAGAGCAGCCUGGAGGUACCCAAACAGAUUCGUUCGGCGUCGUUCGACGAGAUCCAGCUGGAAGCGAAAAGACUCCAGGCAGGUGGUUCCGUGGACUCUCCAGCUUUGCUAGGAGUACCGCAACUGGAUAAGCGAUCCAGGAGCAUGGAUGCGGGAGGGUCGGAGGAGUCCGGGAAUUUUCUGGAGGUGCCCUCAAAGAGGUUCCAUCGGCGGAGGUCGUCCGGGGGGAAAGGGCUAUGCAUCCAUUGCGUAUGCCAAGAGGAAUACUUCCGCCUCCAUCCCCCCGAACUACUACCCCUAGACAUUCCCGAAUGGUUACCGUUCUUAACGGACUCCUCGUCUGAAGGCGAAGAAGAAGAAGACGACGAGGAAGAAACCGACGAUGACGAGAUCACCACCAGCCAGUGCACCACGGAGUACAGCAGAAACACCACGCACUGUAGCAGGGACACCAGCUACAGUAGAGGCAGCAGCUACACGGAUACCAGCAGGGAAAACAGUUUUGAUCCCCCGGAGUUCGUGCUUACGGUUACGCUGUUGCCGAACAUUCCGUCUCCUACCAUAUCGUCUCCUCCACCGAUACCUGCGUCGCCUAUCAUCGAAUUUUUUCCUCCCGAGUCCGAUUCUGAGGUGCCACUAACACCUACACAAACCAGGCGAAAAUCAAUCCACAGACAAGAAGCUUUUUUCGCGGAACCCACUGGAACCUCGUUGGAAAACAUGUCGGACGCUCCCUCGGAACCGGCUUCGGAGGGCACCUCUGAGGGGGCGUUAUCCGAAGGCGAUGCCCCCCACACCAACAUUCCCGGUCUAGUCGUUAGCGACAUCUAUUUGCAAGUACCGGAUUUAAGAAGAGACCGUGCAGCCUCCGUAGAUUCCUGCUUCUCAAAAGUACCGGAAAAGAAAACGGAAGAGUUACAACAUUCGGGCGUUAGUUUGGAGGUGCCCGUGGGGCCGAACGUGGCGCUGCGGUCGCGUUCGGUCGACAUCGUGUUACCGACCGACGAGCAGGCGCGCUAUAAAGCGCUCGCGAUGACAGCGCCCCCAGCUACCGUACAUAAGGGGUCUGCCACGUCCGGGGGGGAUAAACCGAAGAAGGGCACCCCCGAGUGGGGCGAACAGGCGGCUAUCGGCGACCACCUGUGGGUCUCCACCUCCAUGUCGGGGGAAUUAUGUUUCGUCGGAGAGUCCGAGUGUUUGAAACACGGUAACAGAUACAAAUGUUCCGCAUGCAAUAUAUUAUGCCACGAAGACUGCAUCCAUAUACUGACCGACCGGCAAAAGUUCAUGUGCAAACCGAGUUUUCGUGACGUGGGCGUUCGCCAAUAUCGCGAACAAACCACCAUACAACACCAUUGGGUCCAUCGGAGAUCCGAGAAGGGCAAAUGCCAACACUGUGCUAAAUCAUUCCAAUCAAAACUAUCCUUCGGUUCCAAAGAUAUCGUAGCAAUAAGUUGUUCAUGGUGCAAAGUAGCUUUUCACAAUAAGGAAUCAUGUUUCAAUAUACAGCGAAUAGGAGAAGAGUGUAAUUUAGGUGUACAUAAUAAUAUAAUAGUUCCUCCGUCAUGGAUAGUUAAGCUUCCGAAAAAAGGUAGUUUUAAGUCGAGCCUUAGGAAGGUGCCAAAGAAAAAGGGAUCAAAUAAUAAGAAAAGAGUUAGUAAUAAGGAUAAAGAAUAUAGAACAUUCGUAAUUAAGCCCAUUCCGUCAACGAACGUAACGCCUGUGAUCGUAUUUAUAAAUCCGAAAUCUGGUGGCAAUCAGGGCCUGAAGCUCAUGCAAAAAUUCCAAUGGCUGUUAAACCCCCGACAGGUUUUUGAUCUGACUCAAGGCGGUCCAAAGUUCGGACUGGAUUUGUUCAGAAAAGUACCAAAUCUACGGGUUUUGGCGUGCGGUGGUGACGGUACCGUCGGUUGGGUGCUGAGCGUUAUCGAUCAAAUCAAAAUGAAACCGGCACCACCCGUCGGUGUUUUACCUUUGGGUACCGGUAACGAUUUGGCCAGGGCACUUGGAUGGGGUGGGGGAUACACUGACGAACCGAUUUCAAAAAUCCUUACCAACAUCAGCCACAGCGACACAGUUCUUCUGGACCGUUGGUGUCUGGAUGUGAGACCAAACCAGGAAACUGGAGAGCAACCGAACGACGGCAAAGACUCUCUCCCGCUAAACGUCGUCAAUAAUUAUUACUCUUUAGGGGUCGACGCUCAUAUUGCUCUGGAAUUUCACGAAGCCAGAGAGGCUCAUCCGGAACGGUUCAACUCGAGGCUACGUAACAAAAUGUUUUACGGUCAGAUGGGCGGAAAGGACUUACUGAAACGUAAAUGGAAAGGACUCGCGGAUUUCGUCACGCUCGAGUGUGACGGGAACGACAUCACACCGAAAUUAAAGGAGCUCAGGGUGCACGCCAUUGUUUUUUUGAAUAUCGGCAGUUAUGGAGGUGGUACGAAACCUUGGACGAAAACCAGCGGUACCACAGAUCCUAGUACCGAGGAUGGCCUGAUCGAAGUACUGGGACUGACCACUUACCAAUUGCCCCUACUGCAAGCCGGUGGUCACGGCACGAGCAUAACCCAGUGCCGUUCCGCGAAAAUCGUUACAACGAAAACCAUUCCGAUGCAGGUAGAUGGCGAGGCGUGCAAAUUGAAACCGUCGAUAAUCAGCAUCAGCCAUUUGAACAAGGCGACCAUGUUGGCCAAACGGAAGUCUGGAAAAGUGAUUCCGCCCCAAGCUGCUUUACAAACUUUGAAGUAUAACGUGUUUAAAUUAUCGAUGCCUGACUAUGAGCAACAUCAUUACGACAAGGAUAAACUGGCUGAAGUGGCUCUUCAAAUCGGAUCUUUGGAAAUGAUCAUAACGGCGGACCUGGAACAAGCUCGCACCCUGAUCAACCAAAUCCUGGAAGACCGAAAGGAGAACCAGGGCGGAAAUCUGGAAUGGUGCUUUGUCGAUUCUUGCACUGCGGAAAGAUUCUUCCGUAUAGACAAAGCCCAAGAGAACCUCCACUACGUCAUGGAUAUAGCGUGUGAGAACCUCUAUAUAUUGGAAUGUGGUGGUGGUACGGUACCACAAACUCCGGAAGAUGAGACCGCUCAUCCCUCGCCGACCUCCAACCAUAAAACCUCGUUGGUCAUACCGGAGAUGCGAAUUAGUGAUGAGGGAAGUUUGGAUUCUCCCAGUGACCAGCCUCCAGUACAGGAGGUCCAGAUAAUCGAUUCUCCCGAGGAGGGUGGGGGAGAUACCAUACGAAGUCCCACCACUACCGGGAAUAUUAUUAGAAGCUUUGCAGAGCGGUUGUUCAGUUUAAAUCAGCAGACAUGUAGUGCUUUUAGGAUUGUAGAAGAGAGACCAAACGAGGAGCUAAUAGAAGCGGCCAAAAAUGGCGACUUCACUACGAUUAAAGAAUUGCACCUACAAGGAUACUCGUUAAGAACAAGAGACUCUACCGGGCAAAUUCCCAUCCACUACGCAGCCAGAUACGGCCACAAGGACAUUAUCAAAUAUAUCAUUAAUAAUGCCCCCAAUACCAUUAAUGACAAAGAUAUUAAUUUAGGGCAAACGGCUUUACAUAAAGCAGCCUCCUACAGAUGGCGCGACAUCUGCUGUAUGUUAGUAGCGGGCGGGGCUAAACUGGACGUGACAGACCAUCGGGGAAACACCGCUCGUACUUUGGCUUUACAAAGUGAAGACAGGGAUCUCGCCGCUUACCUUUUAAGUCAAGAACAGUUCCAAGUGGCCUCAUCCGAAGACGGGACUGAAGUGUAAAUAAUUUAAGCGUAAGCUUACAUACUCCGGGCAUUUUAUAUUUAAUAUAAUAAAUCAGAUAAUACUAAGAAAAUGUCAAUACAUACGCCGAGACUUAUUUUCUUAUAUAUAUCUUGUAGUUUAAGGGUAAAUCAUACUUAUUAAUAGAAACUUUGCCUUUUUCAGUGCUCAUAUGAAUAUAUUUUUUCCGGCUAAGUAAGUUAUUACUUAUGCGACAUCUGGUGCCCAUUUUAUAACGACGUUCUUCCUAUAUUUAAGAGUUUUAUUGAAUUUUAAGAUCUAAUCUAAACAUAUGUGAUAUUAUAUAAAAUAAAUAUAUUUAUUAAUUUUGAAUCUUAGACGUGUAGGUAAUCCUUAUUGCGUAAAUUUAACCAAUUUAAGUGAGUAUGGUGGUUGGUACACCUGGGGAUUCAUUUUGCUCGCUUACAUAUUACAGGGUGGUUUUUCUCUGACCUAAAAUGUUUUAUUUAUUUAUGAACUACUUCUUAAGUUCUUUAAAAAAAAAAUCUCCCUGUACCCCGCUGACAUUCUUAUAAAACCCCAGGAUUUUAUCGUUUAAAAUCGAAUAUUUUUAAGGGAUAACUUAACUAUCUCAUUAGUUGAUAUUUGGACAUUUUUUGAAGCAUUGCAAAUGGGAUUGAAAAUGUUAGUUACUGUACAUUUUACUUAUAUUAUAUAGAAUUAGAGUAGUACGUAAAAUUUAUUUAAAUUCAAAUAAUUUCGCAACUUAAUCCCGAUAAUUUAAAGUCAAAUUUUUAGUGGUCCACCGAUAACUGCAUCGAUUAACUUUAAAACAUCAAAUGGGACACCCUGUAUAUGAUUACAUUUAAAGUAAAGCUUUUUGCAAUCUUAACCAAACUUUUUAAUGUUUUCCAGUGCUCGUUAUCUGUCAAAUAAUUUGAAAUGUCAACUGUCACUUGUAGUUUAUUCAAGUGGUUUUUCACGUAUAGACAGUGUAAGAAACUCCUAUACAAAUUCUUAACCUGACUUUUUAAUUUUUUCCACUGGCACUAUAUAAUUACAAAUGUCAAAAUUGUUGACGUUAAUGUCAAUGUCAUUUGAUCCCAGUCAUCUGUCAAAUAAUUUAAAAUGUCAACUGUCCUUUUUUAGGCAACUUUCUAAUAUGACAGCUGUUACUUAUCGAAAAAUUUGAAAUGCCAUUUGACGUUUGCUAGUCAUCUAUCAAAUAAUUUAAAACGUCAGCUGUUGUUCCUUUAAUAGAAAAGUUUUUUCCACUGAUAUUCAAUAAUUUCCAAUGUCAAAAAUACUGACGCAUGACGCUCAUUUUUUACAAAAUUGGAAAUGUCAAUGUCAUUUGUCGUUUGACACUCAAAUAUUUGAAAGUCAUUUAUUAAAUAUGUGAAAUGUGGGCUGUCAUUAAUUUAGUAGAAAGGUUUUUGAGGUGUAGACAGUUAAAUAACCUUAAUCUAACUUUUUUCUAACUCAACAUUUUCCCACUCACUUACAAAUGUCAAACUUUUUCACGAAUAACUGUCACAAACAGUAACUGUCACUAACUAAAAAAUUUGAAACGUCAAUAUCAUUUGACCUUUGCUAGUUUUGUCAAAUAAUUUGAAAUGACAGCUGUCACUUCUUUAGUAGAAAGGUUUUUAAGACAUAGACAGUUAGAAAACCUUAACCUAACUUUUCAACAUUUUUACAUUGACAAUUACAAAUGUCAAAACUGUUGACGGAUGACAGUCAUUUAUCGGAAAAUUAGAAAUGUCAAUGUUAUUCAACGUUUUCCAGUCAUCUGGCAAAUUAUCUGAAAUGUUAACUGUCACCAGUUUCGUUGAGUGGUUUUUGACGUAGUGGCAAAAUCUAUUCUUGCAAUUCGUAACCUAACUUUUUAAAAUUUUUUCCAUUGACACUAUAUAAUUUCAAAUGUCAAAAUCAGUGACAGAUAACAGUUAUUAAUUAAAAAUUUUAAAUGUCAUUUGACGUUUCUUAGACAUCUGUCAAAUUAUUUGAAAUGUCAGCUGUUAUUACUUUAAUAGAAAAGUUUUUGAGGCGUAGACAUUUGAAAAACCUUAACCUAACGUUUCAACUUUUUACACUGACAAUUACAAAUGUCAAAACUGUUGACGGAUGACAGUCAUUUAUUGAAAUAUUAGAAAUGUCAUUUAAUAUUUUAAAGUCAUCUGUCAAAUAAUUUUAAAUGCCAACUGUCAGUAAUUUAGUCGAGUAGUUUUUCGAGGCGGUGAAAAAAUCUCUUUGUCAAACUUUUAAUCUAUUUUCUUUGACAGUAUUUAAUUUCAAAUGUCAAAAUUGUUGACGGAUAGGUCAACAAAGGAUUAAUUAUUAACAAAUUUGAAAUUUCCAUGUCAUUUGACGUUUGCCAGUCAUCUGUCAAAUAAUUAAUGUCAGCUAUUACUACUUCAGUAGGCAGGCUUUUGAGGCGUAGACAGUUGAGAAAUCUUAACCUAAUUUUUGAAAAUUUGUUCUCUGACAAUUACAAAUGUCAAAACUGCUGACGCAUGACAGUCAUUUAUCGCAAAAUUAGAAAUCCCAAAUAUCGUUUGCCUGUUACCUGUCAUAUAAUUUGAAAUGUCAACUGUCCCUAGUUUAGUCGAGUGGUUUUUGACGUAGUGGCAAAAUCCUAACCUAACUUUCUAACAUUUUUCUAUCGACACUAUAUAAUUUGAAAUGUCAAAAUUGGUGACAGAUGAUCGUUACUUAUUAAUAUGUUAUUUGACUUAUGUUAUUUGAAUUUAAAAUGACAGCUACGAUUUUAGUAAACAGGUUUUUCAGACGUAGACAACUGAAAAUCUUAACCUAACUUUUCAACAUGUUGCCACAAUUACAAAUGUCAAAACUGCUAACGCAUGACAGUCAUUUAUCGCAAAAUUGGAAAUGCCAAUUGCCACUAGUUUAGUCGAGGGUAUUUUUGACGUAGUGACAAAAUCUAGUCUUUAUUUCAAUUGUCAAAAUUGUUGAUGUAUGACAGUUAACUAUUAAAAAAUUUAAACUGUCAAUGUCAUUUUAUGUUUGCCAGUGAUCUGUCAAAUAAUUUAAAAUGUCUGUAUUUUGAAUUUUGAGGCGUAAACUAAUAAUCAACUUUAACCUAACUUUUCAACAUUUUGCCAUUGACAAUUACAAAUGUCCAAGCUUCUGACGCAUGAAAGUCAUUUAUCGAAAAAUUUGAAAUGUCACGAUCAUUUGACGUUUACCAGUCAUCUGUCAAAUAUUUUGGUAACGUAACUGUCUGUGUAGUUGAGUAGUAUUUGACGUAUAAACUACUACUUUUUUAAAUUACUUCAAGGGUAUCAAAGGAGUUCAACUGCCAAUAAGAAAUUAAUUAUUAAUUCCUGGGAGGAAAUGCUUUUACUUAUUAAAAAAUUUAAAAUGUCAAUGUUCAAUCAACUGUCAAUACUGCUGACACUUGACAAAUGUCAUAAAAUCGUUUAAUUGAUGCGGUUUUCAGUGAGCCACGCCUUAUAUAUAUACCAGAAUGCGCCCUUAAGAGUACCAAAUCGUUUUCGCUAUUUUGGAAGAAAAAAAUCCUUUAAAAAAGCAAAUAUAUUAACAUAGAAGUUUAUUGCACCACACUGUAGAUAAAUCUCAUAUAGAGAGCGUGCUGAGACUAUUUUUCUACAUAUAAUUGUAAAUAAACUAAUCACAAAAUGAUAAUAUUAAUCAAUUAUAUUCUUAUGAUAAAAUAUAACCUACUAUAAACGUCACUGUAAAAAUGGCACCUUAUAGGGGAAGAUUUUUUAAAUUUAAGAGUUUAAAUAUCGACCAACUUAAUUGUAUUUCAAACUUUAAGGGCGCAUAGUUUGUAGCAUAGAGUGCGCACGUUAAAUACCCCUUUCACCCUCUGGCGCCAUUUUCGACUGUCAUUUUUAUGUCAAAAAAUGCCACGCCCCUAUUAAGAAUUAGGGAGGGAGUGGGAAUUUAAUGGUACGCACUGUAUAUAUUAAUAAAUUAGGAUGUAUAUUCAAAAAAAAAAUAGCAAUCUCGCUCGACUCUUUCAUUAGUGUGUAGAUUUAAUGAAUAAAAGUGUGAUCUAAAAAAAAAACCUUUUAAAACAUAUUUUUAGAUUUAGGGAUUUAUUUAUAUAUUGUUACUCGAUUAAUUUUUAAAAAUUUUAGUAAGAGAUGCAAACCGAGACCAUUAAAAUAUGAGGCAAUUCAGGGUAGGUCGUGAUUUUUUUAAAUUAAGGGUUGUGACAUCUAUAAAACGCAAAUUAAAAAUUCUAAUAUUUUUUUCGAUGUAUGGGUGUCUUGGUAGUCUUAAGAGAUAGACAUUUGGUUAGAUUCAAACAGACUUAUGCCAAUAACAAUGUGCAAGACAAAGAAAGGCAUAUUGAAAAAAUAUUCUUGCCUUUAGAAAGAUCCUAAGAAAAAUUACUGAACUAUUUUAAACCCAUGUACAGGAUUUUCAAUUGUAUAUCUUACAUUUACUAAAGUCUCCAUUUACUUCCACACAACACCCAAAUAUGUAUAAACAAUACCUCAACCAUAUACUUACAUAAGGGCUUGCAUCUCAUUUUUGUGAUACUAUAUUAUACUACUACUAAUACAUGCCUAUAUAUUAAAUAAUAAAUCUAAUGUACAUAAAUACUAAAAUCGAUUAUUUAAAAGGCAAUUGAAAUCCUAGACUAAGAAAAUCGUUUUACUUUCUAUAAACAACGCAAUAUCUGGAUUAUUAAGUGCACACUUUCACUGAAAAAAAAAACUAUUUUUUAAACUAAUAUCUGCUCACCACACUGUAAAAAUAUAAUUAUUAUUAAAUAAUCUAGUGAUAUAGAAACAAACCCUUUGACCAAAAAAAAAUUGUUAAUUCGCUAUAAAAAUGUCCAUAAAUGUAAUUUUUCUCUUUGAGUAGUGAUUUAGGAUAUAGAGCACCCUCAUUUGAUUCCUAUACCGUAGUCUGUUGCACCAUAGUUAUCGCCUAAGACUUUUUAAACUGGUUUUAAGGACGUAUGUCAUGAUAGGCUCAGUGAACUAAAAAUGCGCCCUCCGGUGUCACUUCGAUAAUAAACUAAGACAUACAAUAUCAUGGCCACCCCCUGACUAACGUUGAUCUGUCAUAAACUAUAUUAAUGCUGGUGCAGCAGACUAAACACACUUCUUAGUUCGUAUAUUCUAGAAGAAAAAAAUACUUUUAAAAUGAUUUUAACAUUUAUAGAAAUAUAUUUGAAACACGAUAAUAAAUAUCUGAACCGCA